AUGAGCGUGUUGCCAAGAUCAAGAACAGGCUCCAGUCAAGUGGAAGCCUAUCAAAGGAAACGAACCGAUGUCCUUGGUACCGCGACUGUUCCGCUUGGAUACAAGUUGCGUCAACAGACCGCUGGGAUGAAGUAUCCACAAUCUACCGUACAACGCCAGUCAGGGAUCGCCGAUAUAUUAGCACCAAUCCCACCUGAUCCCUCGAGAUUUCAUGCAAAUGGGGCUUCGAAUUUGCUGCUACUUGGAGAGUCCUCCACUGCCGCUAAAAUUGACAUCAACACCCAAAGUCUAUCGAACGUAAACGACAUCAGUACCCGCCAGGAAAGGCUUCGCAGUGUGAUUUUAUCUGAGGAAGCCUUAUUGGCCAAAGAGAUACUCAAUCUGCCCCAAGCUAGCUGCACAAAAACAAAAACCCGGGCUGAGGAAGCGGCGAGAAAAGACGAACAACUCCGGUUGCGAGAAGAGGAGGACCGACGCCAUCUAGUGGUGGCCAAGCGCAAGCAGCAGUUCUUCGAAAGCAGCCACGAUGUCAGGGACAAAUUUUCUAGGGAAUUCGCUCGUAAGGUAAAGCUUGAUAAUCUAUCACAGAUAAGGGAGAAAAAUUCGCGGGUUAAGGAGGAAAAGGAGUUAGACAAAUUGUGGUUUGAUAUAGUGGCCAGGGAGGGGGAAGCUCAGAGGAGGAUUGAAGAGGAGGAAAGAGCUAAAAAGAGGGUUAAGGAAAAAGAAACUGGGAUGGUUUUGUCGAGGCAGAUGAAGGAGAAGACAAUUUUAGGGGAGGAAUUGAAGCAGAGAAGGGAAGAAGAGAGGGAGGAGUUGGAAAAGAUGUGGGAAAAAGUGAAGGAGGAAGAAUUGAGGGCUUUGGAGGUGGAAAGAGUUAAGAGGGAGAAGUUUAAGAAGGGUCUGGAGGAGCAAUUAGUGAAAGUUAAGGAGGAUUUGGAGGAGAAGGUCAAGCAGGAGCUUGCAAUGGCGCAAAAGUUGAAGCUUUCGAGCGAAGUUCAGGCUCGGGAGGAGAAAAAGAGGAUUCAGGAGACAAAAGUACGGCUUCAGAGGGAAAUUGAAGGGUUUAUGAAGGGUUUGGAGGCGCUCAAGGCUGAGCAGAAGAAAAGGGAGGAAGAGGUUGAUGAGAUUAUUGAGAAAUCCGCAAGGGAUGUUGAGGCUAGGAGGGAUUUAGCGAGGAAACGGUAUAGAGAGAGGCAAGAAAGGUUGAGGGAGGAAAUUGUCAAGGCUAGGGAUGAUCAGCUCAAGGUUAAGAGGGAGUUGGAGGAUCGGGAGAGGAAGAAGGUGGAGGAAGAAAGGGAGCUUUACAAGAAAGAUUGGAUGAUCGUGAAGGCUGAAAGCUUGGAAGAGGGUAUUAAGAAGAGGGAAAAUGCUAGGCGGUAUCGGGAGGAACUCCAGGCUCAGUUGGACCAGCGGGAGGUGGAGAAGCUAAAAGAAGUUAGGGAGGAGGAUCAGCUCAAGCAGAAGGUGCAGAAGGAACGCGAGGAAAAGGAGAAGUUUGAAAAGGAGAUUGAGCAGCAAGAUUUUGUUCCGGUUAAAGCUUUUAGGGCGAAGAUUAAGGAAGUUGGGGAUGAGAGGAAGUUCUUCUAG